AUGGGACCCAAACUAGGACAAAGAAACGAGUACCUGCUGACGGUGGUGGCGGAGGAGAGCGACCUGCUGCUGCUCGGCCUGCGGUUCUCGCCUGCCCAGCUGCACUUCCUGUUCCUUCGUGAGGACACGGCCGGUGCCUGGCAGACCCGAGUGUCCUUCCGCAGCCCAGCCCUGGUGGACAGUCGCUGGCACACGCUGGUCCUGGCUGUGUCUGCAGGCGUCUUCUCCCUCACCACGGACUGUGGCCUCCCGGUGGACAUAAUGGCCGAUGUGCCCUUCCCGGCCACCCUGUCGGUGAGAGGAGCUCGAUUCUUCGUCGGCAGCCGGAGGAGAGCCAAAGGCCUGUUCACGGGCCUGGUGAGGCAGCUGGUCCUGCUGCCCGGCUCAGACGCCACCCCAAGGCUGUGUCCCAGCGGGAAUGCCCCGCUGGCCGUGCUGUCCAUCCCACGGGUCCUGCAGGCUCUCACGGGGAAGCCAGAAGAUAACGAGGUGCUAAAAUAUCCCUACGAAACCAACAUUCGAGUGACACUGGGACCCCGGCCACCGUGUACCGAGGUGGAAGACGCCCAGUUCUGGUUUGAUGCUAGCCGGAAGGGGCUGUACCUGUGUGUUGGCAACGAGUGGGUCUCCGUGUUAGCAGCCAAAGAAAGACUGGACUACGUGGAGGAGCAUCAGAACUUGUUCACCAACUCAGAGACCCUGGGCAUCGAGGUGUUCCGCAUCCCCCAGGUGGGGCUUUUUGUGGCCACAGCCAAUCGCAAAGCCACAUCCGCGGUCUACAAGUGGACGGAAGGGAAGUUCGUCUCCUAUCAGAACAUCCCCACGCACCAAGCACAGGCCUGGAGGCAUUUCACCAUCGGGAAAAAGAUCUUCCUGGCAGUGGCUAAUUUUGAACCAGAUGAAAAGGGUCAGGAGUUCUCUGUCAUUUACAAAUGGAGCCACAGAAAGCUGAAGUUUACCCCAUAUCAGAGCAUUGCCACACACAGCGCCCGAGACUGGGAGGCCUUCGAGGUGGAUGGGGAGCACUUCCUGGCGGUGGCCAACCACCGGGAAGGCGACAACCACAACAUCGACAGCGUCAUCUACAAGUGGAACCCGGCAACCCGGCUCUUCGAGGCCAACCAGACCAUUGCCACCUCGGGCGCCUACGACUGGGAGUUCUUCAGUGUGGGGCCCUACUCGUUCCUGGUGGUGGCCAACACCUUCAACGGCACGUCCACAAAGGUGCACUCGCACCUCUACAUCCGGCUCCUGGGCUCCUUCCAGCUCUUCCAGUCCUUCCCGACAUUCGGUGCUGCGGACUGGGAGGUCUUCCACAUCGGGGAGAGGAUCUUCCUCGCUGUGGCGAACAGUCACAGCUACGAUGUGGAGAUGCAAGUCCAGAAUGAUUCCUACGUCAUCAACUCAGUCAUCUACGAGCUGAACGUGACCGCGCAGGCCUUUGUCAAGUUCCAGGACAUCCUCACCUGCAGCGCUCUGGACUGGGAGUUUUUCUCGGUGGGAGAAGAUUACUUCCUGGUGGUCGCUAACUCCUUUGAUGGGCGCACCUUCUCGGUGAACAGUAUUAUUUACAGGUGGCAGGGCUACGAGGGCUUCGUGGCUGUGCACAGCCUCCCCACCGUCGGCUGCAGGGACUGGGAGGCCUUCAGCACCACGGCCGGCGCCUACCUCAUCUACUCCAGCGCCAAGGAGCCCCUCUCCAGGGUCCUGCGGCUGAGGACGCGCUGAGGCCGCGGCUGUCCAGGAGCAACUGGGAUGGCCAGGCGGGGCGGGACCCCAGCACCUCCCCCACAGUGGCCCUGGACGUCCAGGUGGGCCGAGCCUAGGGCAGCCCAGGCCUGGGCAUCAGGCAGGGUGCAGGUGGGGCCAUCUGCAGCCCUAGUUGGGGCAGGGCCAUCCAUCCAC